AUGUUAUAUACUUGGCAUCAAUCGAAUAAUACAGUUGUCAUCACAUUUUCAACACCUGCACGUAUCAGUCGUGAAGAUGUCAUUGCAGAGCUGAGCGAUGGCGUCAACUUUCAGGCCGGUGUAGAUGGCUAUGUUUUGCAUAUCGAUGGUGUGCUGUCGGCAGCAUGCAAAUCGACAGUCAAGGUCAACCUGAAAGAGGAUGCCAACCAGGCGAUCCUCACACUCGACAAACAGUCGCCUGGCAAGUGGAGCGCGCUCCUCUCAGAGAUUGCAGAGACAGCUGUACCUCGUGCACGUGUACUCUUUGACUAUGUGGGAAGCGGUGCAUCUGAGGAGGAAGGUGAACUCGCACCGCUGUACGCCAACGAGCUACUGCAAGUCGUUGCCAAAGACGAAAGCGGUUGGUGGGAGGGUAUCAAACUACAAAUGUCAGGUGUAUUCCCAAGCAAUUUUGUAGAUGAUUUCGAACAUGACUAUCAAGAACAAGAAGAUGUUGAAGCAUCCUCAGAGUUAACAAAGUUUGAAGAAUCACAACAGCCAAUCAAUACAGGUAAGAUUUAG